CGUUGAAGUUUGCGCAGAGCAGCGAGCGACCAUUUCUUCUUUCGAUACGAACUAGGCAAAAUUCUCUCCUCCUUCACCCCCAAAAAGCGCCAAACUUGGCGGCGGCGUUUCCAAGUUCAGCACCGACCUCACUCUGCUCUUCUUCUUCGUCGACGAGCUCGAGCACGUUUCAUUCGGCAUUGCAUCUCCCCGCUAAUUGUCUUCUCCCACCCGAGACCCGCGAUCCCGUUGUUCGUCAGCGACGAAAUGGCGAAUGUGGUGGCCACCAGAUCGAUUCAGAGCUUGCUGCUCUGUCCUGGCAACGGAUCUCUGGAGGACCGGGUGGGGAAGCUGAGGCCUUCCCGCUUCGGCUCGAAAGUACUGGCCCGCAGCGACAGGAGAAGCCCCAAGACGGUUUCCAGGAGCGCGAGGAUCACCGCGAGGAGGACCACGCAUGCCGAGCCCAAGGUCGUACCCGUGUCGCCUGAGGAUGUUCUGCAGGGAGUUCGGCAUCUCAGUGACACGUCAGUGGGCAUGUGGUCCACGCCUAUGGUUAGGCGGAAGACCAAGAUCGUUUGCACAAUAGGUCCUUCCACCAACACAAGGGAAAUGAUAUGGAAGCUUGCUGAAGCUGGUAUGAAUGUUGCUAGGAUGAACAUGUCUCAUGGAGACCAUGCUUCUCAUCAGAAAGUCAUUGAUCUGGUCAAGGAAUACAAUGCUCAGUCCAAAGAUAAUGUCAUCGCCAUAAUGCUUGAUACUAAGGGCCCCGAGGUUAGGAGUGGGGACCUGCCACAACCACUUAUGUUAACUAGUGGACAAGAAUUCACCUUCACCAUCUGUAGAGGGGUUGGAACGGCGGACUGUGUCAGUGUUAAUUAUGAUGAUUUUGUUAAUGAUGUGGAAGUGGGUGACAUGCUUCUUGUUGAUGGUGGUAUGAUGUCAUUAAGGGUGAAGUCAAAGACGGAAGAUUCAGUAAAAUGUGAAGUUAUUGAUGGAGGAGAGCUGAAGUCCAGGAGACAUCUAAAUGUCCGAGGAAAAAGCGCUACAUUGCCUUCCAUCACUGAUAAGGACUGGGAUGAUAUCAAGUUCGGCGUGGAGAAUAAAGUUGACUUUUAUGCUGUUUCCUUUGUUAAAGAUGCACAAGUUGUUCAUGACUUGAAAAACUAUCUGAAAAGCUGUGAUGCUGAUAUUCAUGUUAUUGUGAAAAUCGAAAGUGCUGACUCCAUACCGAAUUUGCAUUCAAUAAUCACAGCAGCUGAUGGGGCCAUGGUUGCAAGAGGAGAUCUUGGGGCGGAGCUCCCCAUUGAAGAAGUUCCACUUUUGCAAGAAGAAAUAAUCCGGAUGUGCCGUAGCAUGGGUAAGGCUGUUAUUGUGGCCACAAACAUGCUGGAAAGCAUGAUUGUUCAUCCAAUGCCAACUAGGGCAGAAGUGUCAGACAUUGCUAUCGCUGUUCGAGAGGGUGCCGAUGCAGUCAUGCUUUCUGGCGAGACUGCUCAUGGAAAAUUCCCAUUGAAAGCUGUGAAAGUCAUGCACACAGUCUCAUUAAGGACUGAAGCAACCAUUGCUGCUGGUGAAAUGCCAUCUAACCUUGGCCAAGCCUUUAAGAACCAUAUGAGCGAGAUGUUUGCCUAUCAUGCUACCAUGAUGUCAAACACUCUAGGAAUCUCAACUGUUGUCUUCACCAGAACUGGUUUCAUGGCCAUUUUGCUAAGCCAUUAUCGCCCUUCUGGAACUAUAUUUGCCUUCACAAAUGAGAAGAGAAUACACCAGAGACUGGCUUUAUACCAAGGAGUGUGCCCGAUCUACAUGGAGUUCUCUGAUGAUGCUGAACAAACCUUUGCUAAUGCAUUGGCAGUGCUGCAGAAGCAAGGCAUGGUCAAAGAAGGAGAAGAGGUCGCACUCGUACAGAGUGGGAGAAAGCCUAUUUGGCGUUUCCAGUCCACACACAAUAUUCAGGUGCGCAAAGUGUAGCUGUGAGAAGGAAACUGAAGAAGCUGAACUUCCAGAAUCUGGCGAGACUUAAAACAGGUUGUGAAAAGUUAAGAUCCAUAUCAAUCCAGCCUUUUUGGACCGCCCUCAUUUUCAAAGUUUUGUUUUGUUUGAAGUAUAUGUUCCCAGUUCGACUCAAAUUACUCUUUGCAAAGGUUUCAUACUUAUAAGACCUUGUUAAAGAUUAGGCACUCCAGGGAAUCGCAUCCUGAGGGGUUAGAAAACCCCAUCUUUAUCUUGGUUGAGGAUGUAGCUGGAGAUUGCAGCGUGGUCAUGCUCAUCUCCUCUUUAGUUUA